GCUUUGCCGAGAGCUGAGUCGGUGACCAGGCCGAUGAGAGUGCACCAGUGACGGGCCGGGGAAGGGCGAGGUCCAGCCUGCUGGGAGGAUGCAGCAUCCUGCUAGCCUAGACUGAUGACUGGCUGUUUGCACACUUUCAUCUGCAGGGGGAGGCAAGAUGGCCGGUAAGGUGAAGUGGGUGACAGACAUUGAGAAGUCAGUGCUCAUCAAUAACUUUGAGAAGAGGGACUGGAUUCCAGUGACAGAAACCGAAGACUGGAAUUUUUACUGGAUGAGCAUCCAAACCAUCAGGAACGUCUUCAGCGUGGACACGGGCUACCGCUUGACUGACGAGCAGAUGGUCAACCACUUCCCUAACCACUACGAGCUGACCAGGAAGGACCUGAUGAUCAAGAACAUCAAGCGCUACCGCAAGGAGCUGGAGAAGGAAGGGAGCCCGCUGGCAGAGAAGGACGAGAACGGGAAAUACAUCCAUCUCGAUUUUGUCCCGGUGACGUUCAUGCUCCCUGCGGAUUACAAUCUCUUUGUGGAGGAAUUCCGCAAGAACCCAUCCAGCACCUGGAUCAUGAAGCCCUGCGGGAAGGCGCAGGGAAAGGGCAUCUUCCUCAUCAACAAGCUUUCCCAGAUCAAAAAGUGGUCCCGGGACAGCCGCACGUCCUCGUUCAUGGCGGCCUCUAGUGGCAAGGAGGCCUACGUCAUCUCUGUUUACAUCGACAAUCCUCUUCUCAUCGGAGGGAAGAAGUUUGACCUGCGUCUCUACGUUCUAGUCACCACAUAUCGGCCGCUCAAAUGCUACAUGUACACGCUGGGGUUCUGCAGGUUCUGCACGGUGAAGUACACGCCGAGUACGAGCGAGCUGGACAACAUGUUUGUGCAUCUCACUAAUGUUGCCAUCCAAAAACAUGGAGACGACUACAACCACGUCCACGGCGGCAAGUGGACCGUCAGUAACCUGCGUCUGUACUUGGAGAGCACCAGAGGAAAGGAGGUGACCAGUCACCUCUUUGACCAGAUCCAUUGGAUUAUGGUGCAAUCCUUAAAGGCUGUGGCUCCUGUGAUGAACAACGACAAACAUUGUUUCGAGUGUUAUGGCUAUGACAUCAUAAUUGAUGACAAGCUCAAGCCAUGGCUCAUCGAGGUCAACGCGUCCCCCUCGCUGACCUCCAGCACAGCCAACGACCGCAUCCUCAAGUACAACCUCAUCAACGAUACGCUCAACAUCGUCACGCCCAACGGCGAGAUGCCAGACUACCGCUGGAAUCGCAGCCCGCCGCGAGACGCCCUGGGCAACUAUCAAGUUCUGUAUGACGAGGAGCAGGCGCAGGUCGAGAAUGCCGACCUGCGGAGCCGCUCCGGUCAGUCGCUGGGGUCAAAGGGCACCAAGGUCAACACGGGCGUCCGUCCCGCCGCAGCCACCUGGAAGUGAGGCAAGUCUACUGACGACUCUGACGUGCCUCACAAAACCCCAGAUGCGGAAAUAACAUUUAUAUCCAGAGUUCAGCCUUUUGUAUUUGUCUGCUUGCUGUUGGAUUGUGCCUUCAAUGGACGGACGACACUUUUCUACCAUUUAAACGCUGCCUCUGGAUACUCAUAAUCAUGCCUUGGUUGUUUUUGGCAAAUACUACUGUCUUGUUUUUUUUUGUUGAGUUUUUUUGUAAGUCCAGAAAAUGAGUGCAGAAAACAAGAAAAAAUGCAGACAAAAAAGUUAACAUGAAACAUGGAAGGAUGUUUCACUCUUUUUUUAAAAAAAAAACAAUUUAUUAAUUUUAUUGCCAUUAAAGUGUUGAAGUCCUUAA